GCUCAACAAUGGCAAGACCUAUGUCUCCACGGUGCGCAAUGGUCGCCCUUAUCCGUGGUUAUCACCCAAGAAGUGCAGGUGGCUGCACUAGUUCCGAGAUUCCGAGACCCACAAAUACACCAGGGCGAUCGACGACCACAGUCCGAUGGGUGAUUGAUGAGUGACUACUGUAUAUUCACGGCGGAAAUUGGCCUCAGUGAUGGUGCCUCCAUCGAAUACAUAUUGCCAAAAGCCGAGCAAUGCCUUAUCUUCGAGCCAAAACUGACCACCACUGAUACUGCACGAUAUGAUGGUCAACAUUCUUGGGGCUCUACAAGAGCAGAGAAUUACAACGCUUUACGCCAUUGCCACCGCAUUCGUUUUUGGAAUAUUCCUGGUCGUCUACGAAGGCGUUAGAUGGGCUGUUCGAAUUCCCCGAUUCAAGGGACCAUAUGGACCUCCAAUUGUGGGAAACCUGUGGCAGAUCUACGGCAAAGACGCCCCAUUACAGUACCGUGACUGGUCUCGCAAGUACGGCCCUGUCUAUCAAAUUCAACUGGGCAACAAUCCAGUCCUAGUUAUCAAUACCGCAGCAGCGGCCAAAACACUGCUUACACAAAAUUCUCACGCAACGGCUUCUCGACCAGAGUUCUACACUUUUCACAAAAUUAUCUCGAAGGGAGCGGCCUUGACCAUUGGCGCAUCACCAUACAGCGACUCUCUAAAGAAGAGACGCAAAAUUUUCGCUUCGGCUCUCAACCGACCCUCCGUUGCCAGUUAUGUGCCACACAUCGAUAGUGAGACUAGGAUACUCCUCAAAGAUGCACUUGAAUUGGGCAAAGCAGGUAAAGAACAAGUCAACCCGAUACCACUCUUUCUGCGGAUGAAUGUAAGCCUUGGCUUCACGCUGCACUGGGGAGCUCGUGUAGAAAGUCAGACAGAUAUGUUCCGCGAGAUUAUAUAUGUCGAAAAUGCAAUCAGCAACUUCCGCAGCACCACCAGUAACCUGCAGGAUCACAUACCUUUGCUGCGAUUGAACCCAUUCAAUGGUGUCUCUGCUGUUGCGCGAGACAUGAGUGUACGUCGUGGCAGGUACAUGGGCCAAAUGGAUCGUGAACUUGACGAACGGUUGGAGAAGGGAAGCUACAAACCAUGUAUCAGGGCCAAUGUUAAGCUCGACCCCGAUGGCAAGCUGACUGAUCAUGAACUUACAUCGCUUAAUGUCACCAUGACAGCCGCUGGGCUCGAUACAAUGCAAGCAACCGUGUCCUGGGGUCUCGCGAUCCUCGCGAUGAAGCCUGAGAUUCAGGAGAAGGCACUCAGUGAGAUUGCGAAGAAGUUUCCUCAAGGAGCGCCGCUCUGUGAAGCUUCGGACGAGUUCACUGUGGAAUACAUCAUGGCAUUGAUAAAAGAAAUCGCGAGACACUAUCCUGCCACUCGGCUUUCGCUUCCCAGGAAGACAAUGCAAGACAUCUUUUACCAGGGAAAACGUAUUCCCAAGGGCACCACUCUUUUUUUGAAUGCAUGGGCCUGCAAUAUGGACCCUGACCUCUGGGAGGACCCAGAAGUCUUCAGACCUGAACGCUGGCUCGAGCAUCCGGAAACCACCAACUACACCUUCGGCGUUGGGAGCCGGAUGUGUAUUGGCAUCCACAUGGCCAAUCGAGAGUUGUAUCUCCUGUUUAUUCGGCUCAUCAAUUCUUUCAAGAUUGUAGCAGACGAGCCGAUCGAUACAAAUCCUAUUACUGGAGUCAACAACCCGAUGGCCACAGUCUCAAUUCCAAAACCGUUCAAGGUCAGAUUCGUACCGAGAAAUUUGAGUGCGCUGGAAGCCGCCUUGGGUGUGGCGAAGACAUGAAUGAGAAAAACUCAAAGCCAGAUAGAACGUGGGCCUUGAUAGUCUGCUCCCAGUUGGUAGUCU